CAGCGGCUGAGCUACAUGGUAUUUCGACUCGGCAGCUAACGUUUUGGGGGGAUUCAUAUUUCCAAAAAAGGAGGAGGAAUAUCCAUUUCUUUUCUAAUUGGUGGAGCCAGACUUGUACCAACAUGGCUCUCUAUGAAUAUGUCACCCAGGACCAGCUGGCGGGCUUCGACAAAUACAAGUACAGCGCAGUGGACUCGAAUCCCCUGUCUGUCUACGUCAUGCACCCUUUCUGGAACUUUGUGGUCAAGUUUCUACCGACGUGGCUGGCUCCAAAUCUCAUUACAUUCACAGGCUUCAUGUUCCUCGUGUUAAACUUCCUCAUGUUGGCCUUUUACGACUUUGACUUCAAUGCCUCAGCUGCAGGACAUGAACACGUGCCUAGCUUGGUCUGGGUUGCUGCAGGGAUUUUCAACUUCUUGGCCUAUACGCUCGACGGUGUUGAUGGUAAACAGGCACGGCGCACCAACUCCUCCACGCCACUCGGGGAGCUGUUUGACCAUGGGCUGGACAGCUGGGCCUGUAUCUUCUUUGUGGCCACUGUGUACUCCAUAUUUGGGCGUGGGGAGAGCGGCGUUGGUGUGGCCACACUGUAUUACAUCCUCUGGGUGGUGCUUUUCUCUUUCAUCCUAUCUCACUGGGAAAAAUAUAACACCGGCAUCUUGUUUCUGCCCUGGGGAUACGACGUCAGUCAAGUGACCAUCUCCCUCGUUUACUUGGUCACUGCCGUCGUCGGCGUAGAAACGUGGUACCAGCCGGUUCUGUUUCACUUCCUCUAUAGAGACCUUUUCACCUUCAUGAUCAUAGCCUGUUCCUUCACUGUGACCUUACCCAUGAGCCUCUACAAUGUCCUGAAGGCUCACCGCAGUAACACUCUGAAACACAGCAACUUGUAUGAAGCCUUCCUGCCCUUCCUUUCUCCCGUCCUCCUCUUUAUCUUAUCCACCAUUUGGGUGGUUUUCUCUCCAUCGAAUAUCCUCGAGCUGCAGCCCAGGAUCUUCUACCUCAUGGUGGGGACAGCCUUCGCUAACGUCACGUGUAAGCUCAUUGUGUGCCAGAUGAGUAACACACGUUGCCAGCCGCUGAGCUGGCUGUUGCUGCCCAUGACACCAGUGGUGUUGUUAGCGGUGACUGGAGUCGUCGCCAAUGAGACGCUACUGCUGUAUCUAUGGACAGCCGCUGUAAUACUAGCGCACAUACACUACGGCGUAUCAGUGGUUCAACAGCUCAGCAGCCACUUCAACAUCUUUGCCUUCUCCCUGAAGAAGGCCAACAGUGACUGACAGGAGGAGGAACGAAUCGGCUUGAAAGGAGCGGAGGUCUAGGCUCCUCCCCUCCUCGGCUUACCGACACUUCACUCUCAUCACCACGGAAACCGCAUCCCCUCCCCUCCAUCCAUGAGGAGGCUGCAAGUGGAACAGACUGUGGCCCUCUUUUCCACUGUCCCCAAACACAGACACACAAUACACACUCGCACACACAUUCCCAACCAACCUACCACCUCUGGACAAGGUGAUGGGGUGUGCCCAGGGGCUCUGGCUUCCAUCAUUGGUGAUUGGCCUACUUGGUUGAGCCAAUGAGGUGCAAUUGUUUCCUACGGAAAUGUGCUUCAGUCGUGAGGACAGGAGCCCAGACAAGCCAUUCAAACAUACACUGAUACAUCCAGUACAUUACUCUGCUUUAAUGCAGAUUCUUUAUAUCUCGUGGCAGGCAUUUCAAACACAGCCACACACACACACACACACACACACACACACACACACACACACACUUACACUCACACUCACAUAGUAUUAUGAAUGUAUAAUAUGCCUUGGGGAAACGCCAUGUCAGUUUUAUUAUAUAUAUUAACAGGAAUGCCUCAAGUAGUGUUGUUUCAAGCCUGAGUGAGCCUCUCGAGUUCUGGCCACAUGUGGCUCACACAUCCACAGCUGUGUCCAGAGUUUAAAGGUUCAGUCACCUUUUUAUCAUCGGACGAUUUGCAGCUGGAAGUCACGGUGAUAAAUGUUAAUAGCUAUAUAUAUACUGUAUAUGUUAAGGGGUUUGAGGCAUUUUAUUUUCAAACUGAAAUUAAUCUUUAAAAAAAAUGAUAACUCCUGUAAAACAUUGUAUAAAAUUCCCUCUAAUUAAUUUAACAUUUUGUGGUGACGACUGAGUAAACAGAGUUGGAUACUGACCAACCAGGGCAAGAAUUGACCAGGGUAACCUCUGAACUUUUGAACUCUACUAACCUCCCACUUUGACCUCUGUCUGAGCACUGGCCUCCCGGCUCGCCCUACUUUCUGAGGUGUCGUGUCUUCGCGCUGAUUCGUUCAGUUUUUUUAAGGUUUUGGGUUUUUUUUUUACAAAUAUUGGGGGGUGUUUGGUUUGGUUUUGUUUUGUUUUCUGUUGCCAUGGCAAAGGUGUGAGGUUCAGUCGCGCAGCGCUUGAAUGAAGAGUGUGUCCAAAAGCCGUACACGGAGCGGACUCACUCUGAGGGAACAAGCCGUCGCACAGGACACUGUAAAAACCACACUGCUGCUUGGCGCCGCACUCUCCUGCUCACACACAGAUAUUGAUAUCACACCUUUUAUACUGUCUGUUUUUAACUUUGUGUCUUGUUGCUUUUUUUUUUCGGGCUGUUAAACACUGUCUCUCUGUGUGAUUCAAGCUGUGUUUCAAUGGUGAAGGUGGUAUUAUAGCAGUGGCUACUUGGUCUCUCUUUAUUUUCACAACAGAGCCAAGUUAGACAAGACUGGGUUUACUUAUUAUCCGUGUGGCUUUUCAUCGCAAAAUUCAGAUUUUUCAUGUUACAACUUUGACACUUUGUCAGUGUGGUUGUAGUUUGGAGAAUGUGUGUUUGUCUGUGUGUGAUCUAACCAUUUCAAGUCCUUUUUAGCCUUGCUGUUGAAAAGCGAUUAGUGCAUGGACUCUCCCGUGCUUCAGUCUCCUGCAUCUUUUAACACAGGAUGUAGGAAAGCGCUAAGAGCCUCAGCUACACUUGAGAGUCUCACUUUGCCAUCAGAAUUACGUCUGAAUGAUCAAUCUGGGAAAAAGACUAAAGGAUAGAGUGUUCCAUGAGUCUGUCCUCCUCUUCACUGAUAUUUUAAACCUCAUUUCUCAACCAAACCAGACACACAAAAAAAAUCCACAGAGUGUGGUACGGCUCUGGUUUACAUGUCAUGUCUCAUUUUUACCUGUGGAAAAAACAGGUGGACUCAGUCAGCCGUAAACCACAGGUUUGAAUGUCUGGAUCAAAGUUUUUAUGAAGGAAAAAUGUUCAAAUUGCCCAGGAUAUGGACUAUUGGAAAAGCCCUGUAAUAAGUUCAAUGUGGAUUUAAAUGCCUUUCAGUUAUCUGUCUGAAUGUGAAGUCACAAUAAUCAUCUCAUUUAAGUUGUUACAGGUAAAGGUGAGGUUGUACCCAAUGACUGAAAGUCAGUAGGAAACGUUUUAGAUGCACAGAGGAUGUGAAAUGUAAAAAUCAACUUGGAUCUUCAGCUUUGCUUUCAGUUUUGCUUAUGCAUUUUUACCGAUGCUCCGCAGUUGUCCAAAGGUUUUGUACAUAAGCUGUUAUUGAGCAACUUGAAUAUUUAAACCACAGGCACAGCCUUGUACUGUAGUCUCCCUGCAGUACUAUUACGACUGGGAUAUCCAACUCUACUGCCAUUAUACCCAGCAAAGUAGCCCAGUUUUGGUAUCCGGUGUGUCUGUGCUUCAAGUGGAGAAAGCUUGUAUGCUGUUCUAAGCACACUAUCAGAGUUGAAUUGGGAGCCCCGCAUCUGUGACUUCGGAGACCAUAGAUUGUAGUGAAGUGACGAGAACUGUGACUGAGAUUUCACCACCAAAACGGUGAACUGUAUAUGCACUGUCUGGGUUCGUGCAGAUCCAUGUGUACAUGUCUGUUAAUGUAUGGGUGUAUACUCUUUAUGUGUGGAUAUCUGUGUAAAUACGUAUAUUAUUUCUCCAUUUUUAUUUUUUAAAACUACACAUCCGGUUGGCCAAUUUCUCUAAACAUGGUGCAGGUGAACUGGUAGACCAGCGAGUGACGCCUGCUGUCCAGGUAGCAGCUCUUAGAUCUGCCAGCACAGUUUUUAUGAACCGUUGUUGCUGCUGCUCCAACUGGCUUGAUUGGACCAUGCUCUGGGUCUUUUCUCUGGGAGAGUAGGGGACGAGCUCUGGGUGUGAAGAUCUCCACCUUGAGCUGCAGACACUACAAACAAUGCUAAACGCAAAGAGGGAUUUCAUAUAUUAACAGAAGAAAAAAUGUCAGCUGGUUGAGAAGAAAGUGCUCCAUUAAAGAAACAAAUAAAAAUCAGGAACAAAUGUUAAAGCAAGUCCAAUUUCUCUCAUCCAGCUGGCAUGUGAAUUCCUUUCUUUAGAAUUAUAAAUAAAAAUAAAAAAAAAUGUUCAUUGCAAAUUCUCUAUGGGCAUUUUUUAUAGUGUCUUCCUCUGCUUCACUCACCACUUUUUAGGAAAAAAAAAUAAUCUUAACCCCCCUGGAUCAAUGAACGGAGUUGUUCAAUCUGUGACUAAGUUGUUGUAUAAUGCUGCCCUGGCACACACUCCAGGGCGUUGGUGUGGCUACUUGUGAUGUUGUAUUUAACCAGUGAAAGGAAGGACUGUCCAGAAACAAAUAAAAGUGAAUUUUCAUUAA